CUUUGGGGUAUCCACCCAGUGUUAUAAACAGCUGAGUAGCAUAUUAUAUAGGUACUUUAUAGGUUAGAAAAUGGUAUGUUUGUUUUGGUAAGAUUUGGUAGUUGAAAUGUCUUCGACACGGAUGUCAUAGUGGGUCAGUCAAGGACUGAGACCUGUAGUGAUAUUUUCAACUUUACAUAUACGCUUUUAGCUAUAUUGAGUGGACAAAACUUACCGGAGCGGUAGGUCAGUCUGUGCGGUCACUCCGUUGCAUUUUGCGCAUCCAUGUCGUGUUCCUGCGUUGUGCUAGGACACAGGCACUUUGUUUUCGUUGUGGUAUAUACAUUUCACAAUUGAAAUACCUUUUAAAACAUAGAAAUACCACGUAUUAACAGUAUGAUUUUGAUAAAACCGAGCAGUUGUUUAUUUCAGCGGUAGACACUGACGGCUGUCAAUGUCAUUUGGUUUUUUUUUGUCCAUGGUUCCGUAACAGACGGUCGGUCACACUUGUUGUACGACAAUAAACAUAUACUUGUGGUUCUUUUAUCUUUUUAUAAUUUCCAAUUAUUAAUAAAGUCCGUAUUAUUUGCUUCCCAAAAUGAGUAACUCUUUUUAUUGUUGAUGUUUCGAAUUAUUCCGAGGGUCAAACCGGUCAGUCGCCGUAUCCAUUGAAUGGGUAGGUUUUCAUUCAUCAGUUUGUCUAUGGUUUCUCGGAUUGGAAUUUUGAUAAAUCAUUGUUCGAUCGAUCUUCAAGAUGUGAAGGAUAUUAGAAAAUCUUUCGGCAAUCAAUCUUAGGGGUAUGUAACCUACUUGAAGGUUUUAUUUCCUAAAACUGUGGUAAAUUCAAGUUAGUAAUCGUUAAUGUAAUUUUGUUACAGCUCGUCCCAAAAUGUGCAUAAUUUAGCGUCUUAGAGCCUACCUAAAAUGGCGGCUGCUAAUCUUUUCCCUUCAAUUUAACAUAACUUGCAAAACCUAAUGUAACGUCAACCACCUCUUCGUCUUGCCACGCGGUCUGCAGGCGCCGUCGUUGGUAUAGGAAAUAAUGGACACGGCAUAAACCCCGGUAAGUCAUUUAAUCGCUUCAUUGCCGUAAUUUAAAUCGCGCUGUGCCUCAGUUUAAAAUAUAAUUUUUCUAUAAAACUAAACGUGUUAAAACAUAAUUUUUUUUAACCUAGAACAUUUUCUUUGUUCUUAGGGUUUUUCCUGGACCCUGGUUUUUUCCUGGACCCUGGUUUUUUAAGGCUGUGCCAUCCGGUGGCAGCGUUCUUCUUGGCAGUGUCCGUGAAGUUAAGACUUUUAUGAAUAUACCUUUAGUUAAAUAUGGACUCUUUACGCUGAACAGGUAACCUGUAAUCCCUGUGAGCAAUUGCUUACUGCUAAACAUCCCCGGAGGUUGGGGCAUAACUUUUACUUUAGACAGUGUUAUGUUAGGAAGACAAAUUUUGAUAUUGUUGUCCGUAGACACAGAGAUGUCUAUGAUGUAUUUAGUGUAAAUUUCAAGAAAUAGUGGUGUCACUAAGAAGUAUUUAGUAUUACUUAUUUACUAAUAAAUAACUCGUGUUGACCGUAGCGGGUCAUAUAUAUUUAAGGAAUAAAGGUGUGUAUUAAAUAAAUUUGGGAUUUUCAUUUGGAUAUGUCAUGCGCUUGAUGAGGAUAGUAUCCUGGCGUCCUACCUUAAAUUUUUGGAUACCUAUUCUCACUCCAUAGUGGCCUGAACCGCGACCCUAUCUAUGAUUGUAGUUAGCCGAAGGUAUUUGUGAACUUUUCAGUAGUGAAGUUUGGUGAGUUCUGGAUCACUCCAUAGAAACACGUUUCCUUCUAUGGAAACGGUCUUUAACAAUAAUAGAAUCGGAUCUUCUCCAUAUCCAGAGCUCACCCACACCUAUUACAGUGGCAUGCCCAACGUGUGGCCUAUGGAGUAUGACAUGUCCAAGUGAAACAUUUUUGCAUUAUUUUAGUAUUAAGGUUAUUUUAUGUAAAAGGGAUUGCAAGUUAUUGUUUUAAAUUGUUGCUUGAGUUGGAGGUUAAACUUAUAAAUUUAACCAACUUAUAAAUAAAACUAUACUACGCUAAAUAAUUAGCCUUACAUAAGAGAAAUUUUCUCACUAUUUUAAAAUACUUUAAAAGGGUUAAAAUCUAAUAAAGUUUUAACUUACUUUAAAAUAUUACAAUUCAAAACCUGACACUGACUUACUUCUGAUAUUAAAUAUCAAUCUUAAAAAAUGGAUUUCCUAAAUGCGGGAUGUAAAAUCAUACAUUUACAUAAAGAUGAAAUGGCACAUGAACUGGCGAUUCGCAGACUUCCGGUUAAUCCUGUAUCGCGUCGGUCCAGCUUAUGUCAUGCGUUAAAACAGACUGCAGAUUUAGCCAAAAAGGGUAGUUUGAAGUGCCAGGACUUGUUAAUAAGUAACGAAGUUGCCGAAUUGGAGCUCUGCCAACGUAAGGUAGAGGAGAUAGAUUUAGAAGCGAAGGGAGACUUAACGGCGUCGGCGAUUGAUAGACUAUCCUCGCGAUGCAAAUAUCUUUUGUGUCGUGUUUCACGGUUACCUCAGGAGACCGAAGCGGUACUUCUGUUGAAAACAUUAAUUACUUCUUUAUUAGAUCGGUUGAAUGAGCAAGGCUCUUCUGCGUCGUCUGGGUCAGAUGAUGAUUUUCAAUCUCCUAACGAAUCUCGUAUUGUUAGGGAAAUUAUUUAUAAAACGGACAAGACUUUCAACAUAAAUUCCUUGAAUUUGAAAUUCAAAGGUGACACCUGCGUUCGUACGUUUCUGUCUCGCCUCGAGGAGUUGCGAGAUGCCAGAGGAAUCUCAGAGAGUCGUAUAUAUAAGGGAUUUCCUGAAGUUCUUGAGGGUCCGGCGUUGUCGUGGUUCCGGUCGCAACGUACAAAACUUACUACAUAUAAGGAGGUCACCGCGGCUCUACAAGAGGAGUUUGACAUACCUGAUUUGGAUCACCAAUUGUUGCAGGAAAUACGGGCUAGGACUCAAGCCAAGUCCGAAACAAUUGUCUUUUUCGUAUCAACCGUGUUAGGGAUGUAUGAGCGUCUGACGAAGGAGGUUCCUGAGCAAGAGAAGCUGGAUACUAUGAUGCGGAAUAUUCGCCCAGAGUAUUCCAAGGAUUUAGCCUUACACGACAUAGAAUCGAUAGAUCAAGGCGAAGCAGUUUCGCGAACCGAGUCUCUCAAACAAGACUAA